GUGAGGUCGCGUCAGGCGAAGGAAGGCGUUGCAAGGUAACGUGAAUGCCGUGCUGCCGAAUGCAUGCCAGUAUCGUGUUUACCUCUCGUGCUAAAUUCGAAUUGAACCAAGUGACAGACGUCGUUCUUAGUGCUUGAUUUAGUACGGUCGCGUGUGAAUGUGUUUGCGACGAGAGCAGAAAGUGAAGCAGUAGAGUGCCAAAUCUGGCCUGGGGCCAAGGUGAAAGCACUUGCGUGCAGUGACAAACAAUUGCUGCGUUAUUCCCACUGUUCUGGCUACAACGUCGCCUGUGUCACAGGCAGUGAAGGUAACGUGGAUUUUACCUCUCUGGCUUAAAGUACGCAGCACAGCACGGACCCACCCAUGAUGACUAAUAUCGACGAGGCGGUUGUAAAGUCUAAGCGACCUGCAGACAGCGCCUUCAAACAGCAACGGUUGGCAGCAUGGCAGCCGAUAUUGACAGCCGGCACAGUGCUACCAACGUUCUUCGUCAUCGGCAUCGCCUUCAUCCCUGUCGGUAUAGGUCUGCUGCACUUUUCGUACGAAGUAAAGGAAUUCACACUCGAUUACACCGAGUGUAAGGAAUACCUGCCGGACAAGCGAGUACACGGCUCAGAAAGGUGCUCCGACGUCAUCGACAAGAACCGGACAUGCAUCUGUCAAGAGGACUUCACACUCACCGAAGAAUUCGCCGGCAAGGUGUACAUGUACUAUGGGCUGUCCAAUUUCUACCAGAAUCACCGGCGGUACGUCAAGUCGCGUGACGACAACCAGCUGUUGGGCCAACUCGAUCAGCCUCCUUCCAAGGACUGCAGCCCGUACGAUUACACGAACGACACUACCAACAAAAUGCCUAUAGCCCCCUGCGGUGCUAUCGCCAACUCACUCUUCAGUGACAAACUGACGAUUCUUUCACACCGGAUGGACAAUCAGGAAGUCCCAAUGCUGCGCAAGGGAAUCGCCUGGCCGUCUGACAAGCAAAUCAAAUUUCGCAACCCACCUGCACCCAACGGAAACUUGUCUGCAGCCUUCCAGGGUUACGCCAAACCCCUCCGCUGGGCUAAACCUGUCUACGAGCUCGAUCCAGACGACCCGGAGAACAACGGUUUCCAGAAUGAGGACCUCAUUGUGUGGAUGAGAACUGCAGCCUUGCCCGAGUUCAGGAAGCUCUACCGCCUCGUCAACCAUAAUGCUACCGGCUACGUCGAUGGACUACCUCGUGGUAACUACACUCUAAGAGUUCAAUACAACUACCAAGUAAACGCCUUUAAUGGCACCAAAUACAUGAUAUUAUCAACUACGUCGCUACUAGGUGGGAAAAAUCCGUUUCUUGGCAUUGCCUACAUAGUCGUAGGAUCCGUCUGCCUUUUCCUGGGCAUAGUGUUCCUGUUCAUCCAUGUAAAAUGUGGGAAGAGCACCUCGGAGAUGAUAAACGUAAAUCCCAGGACUCCGUAUCAGUAGAUGUAAUAUGGACAGCGACAUAAUUUUCUGUAAAACAGAAGAUCUCAUUGAUGUUUCUGUGUGUGCGAGUUUUUUCCUACGCGGUGGUGCUAGCAAAGCUUUAGCAGUUGCAGGAGGCCUUUCAGUUUUUAGUAACUCGCUUACAGUGCUCUGUUUAUGUACAAAAGCAGCAGCCUCUUAACGAAAUUUGAUUUCAUGUAAUUAGGUGCAAAGUCCAUUUAUUUGCUAGAGUGUUUAAAUAAUGUUGAAUUUUAAUAAUUCUUCGCUACCUCGGCCGCAUCUAAUGUGUGUUAUUCGUGUUAUGCACAGCAUUCUGUGAUAGACAUAUGCAAGAUUGAGAGCUUUUAUUUCUCAACCAAAGUAUUUAAUUUUACUACAGAAGUAUUAAGUAUUAUAUGGUUUGUAUAUAUGAGAGACUGCUCUGUGCAGCAAUGUUGCAUUUUGUAACUGAAAUUUAAUGUUUCUAAAUUCUGAUAGUGUAUUUUUGUUUUAUAUAUUUGUGAAUAUACUUGUUGAAAAUAUAAAACAAUGCCACAAGCCA